UGCCCGGAGAAUCCCGUUCGCAGGCGGCCGACGCGGUGACCGCGGGCCCGGCCCCCUGUGUGAACUGCGACACCUUGCAGCAGGAGCCAGGAAUUCCGGAAGUUGAUCCUGGAGAGGGUUUGGGGGAGGAACAACAAUCAGGCACGAAUUUAAAUGAAUAUGUAACUGCAUUAAUAGCACUGAAACAAAAAAUCAUUGACACUGACCACGUUCUGACAGAAUACCAGAAAAAAUGUGAUGAGCUUCAAAAAACAGAAAGGGAUUGUAAAACGCUUCGAGAUCAACUGGAUGAGUUGUUGCAGAAAUUUGCACCUCUGGAAAAAUGCAAGGAAGAGAUGGAUGCCAUGAGGGUGGAACUAGAAGAAAAGCGGAGUUCCAUCAAGAUGUACCAACAGACCCAUUUAGAGUUCAAUGAAUUGCAGCAAGAACAGGCAAGAAAUGAUGCUGCGAAGAAGAAGUUGGAAAGUCGGGUAAAAAGACUAGAAGAAACAACAGCAAAACAAAAUGCAGAAAUAAAGCAAUUGAAAAGAGAGAAGACCACAUUAGAAAGAAAUCUGAAGAAAACUCAGGAAAAGUUGACACUUCAGCAGAAGAAUGGUAUAAAAGUUCUGAAAGAUGCACAGACACAGAAUGUCCUGCAGGAUGUUGCAACAAGAAUUGACACAAAUAAAGUAAAAGUGUUACUCGAAGAAAUAUGGAAGUGUAUUGAAAAGCCCAAUGUACAAGAGAAGCCAAACAAGAGCCCAGGCAAGAGAGGACCUUCGCAGAAGAAAACGAAGAUGCUCAGAAGUAGUCUAAGUAACCCAAGUCACAGUAGUCCAAUGGAAACAUCAGAGCUGCCAACAUCUUCACUCCCAUGUCAAUUGGAGUGCAACCAAGAAGAAAACAAUUUCUCAAAGAUGGACGAGAGUUUGGCUGAUGAAGGACUGAAGAGCAAUGGUGACAGUGCCUUCUAUGAUGACAAAACUAUAGAGCUAACUCAACACAAAGAUCCUACUGACAGUGCAAACACUUCAAGUAGUGAUAUUGAUAGCGAUGAUGGUGAUGAUGAUGAGCAAGAUGCUUUAAGCCGGCAGCUGCAAGAAAUACUUGAUUGGACUGAACCUCUUCCUCCUCAACUGUCUCCAUUGCCAUGUUCUCCUUCAUCUAAAAAGCAAAUCCUGUUUGGCGAUAUUACCGAUUCAAGCGACGAUGAAGAUAUUAAUCUUCCUGGAAGGAACUGCAGUGAAAGUGUAGCAGAGACUGACCAAGUGGAUAAUUCUGAAUGCACCAAGGUGCUGACAACUGAUCAGGCAUCUAUGAUGGAAGCAGGCAUUUCUGCAAGUGUGUGUGAAGAGUUACCUGCAGAAAAAAUGGACUGUUCUGCGGCAGAAAUUGAUGAUCUGAAUGAGCAAUGUUCAACAAAAACUGAAGUAGAGGCUGAAUUUUCAGACUCUUCUUUGAUUGUUGAAAAUGCUCAGUGUAGAAAUGAGAACGGCGCUGAGGUUCAGUCCUUAUUUGAGGAAACUCCAGAAAACCGUGAUGUGACCAGAAAUCCAGAAAUGUGUGAUGUUGAUUCUGUCCCUGUUGCUAAAAAUGACACAACAUCUCCGCAAUACAAUUGCAAUGCUGAUGUGAAGAGGGCUGAUGAUACAGAAAGUUCAGAAAACACUGUGGUUUCAGUAGAAUCUAACCUUGAAACAGCGGAACCAGAAUUUGAAAAGACGCAGCCAUGCAGUAGAGAAGAACAUGGCAUAGAAACUUGUGUUAAAGAGGUGGACAAGAAACAGCUUGUGUCAGACGAAGCCCCUGCUAGUGGACAGUUAGAAACAACGUGUGAAGCAAUGGAGGUGCCAGAAUUUAAUUGUAAUAGUCUUACAUGUCACAGUCAAAGAAGUGAAUGCAUAGUAACUUCAGUGCUGGCCACUGAUAUGGAGCACACCACAUCAGAUUGCAUGACAAAGAAGCAAAUUGGUGUUAGCACAGGGGAAGAAGAAAUAUCAUUUUCACAGCUGAACAAUACUGAAGUUGACAGUGUUGCUCAGAAUAACUCUGACGAAUGUAUUCCUGCAGAGGACAUGGAGGUGGAGGAAAGGAAUUGCAAUAGUUUUACACUUGACAGGCAAAAGGGUGAAUGUUCACAGAUUUUGUUGCAGCCAACUGAUGUGGAACUUUCUCAAACAAACUCACCGACAACAGAACAAAACCUUAACAAAAUGGAGGAGAAAACCCCAUCAGCUGAGACUUACUGUUCUGAAGAAAUUGAUGUUUCUCAGCACAUGUCUGAGAACUGCACUGCUACAGGGUGUGCAGAGGUGGAGGAAGUUUCUUUGGAUGGUUCCAUGUCUAAUCACAAAGAUAAAUGCAUACUGACUUCAACGUCAGUCACUGAUUCUGAGCAAACACCUAAUGAACUUGGUGCAAAAAAUCAAAUACAGGCAGUGCCAUUGCUAGUGGAUUUUGAGUGUCCCACAGAAACCAGUAUAUCCCAGGAUAAGGCAAAGAACCAUUUUUCUCCAUCGGACAAAGAAAUAAAUAUCAAUUCUGUUGGUCUAACAUCAGAUAAUCAAAAAGAUGAAGGCAGACCGACUUCUGUAUCCAGUGACACUGAAGAGUUGGGUGCAAAGGAACAUAAGGAGAUUGACAGAAUACAAGAGACCGGAGCAGUUGGCAAGUUUGACAAUUCUAUCAUAGCUCAGGACAGGUCCAAGGACCAUUUCGGCACUGAACAUGUGGUGGUAAAAGGCUUAGAUUCCACAGCUUCUGCCUUUGACAGCCCUAACAAUGAACCUGUAGUACUUUCAGAGCCUGAAUUUAUUCAACAGGCCAAAUCAUCCUUUAUAAUAAAGGAGAAAGACAGUUUCAGCAAACUCAAUGAGGUGUCUUCGCAUGAAUCUGACUGCUCUGAUGUCAUUCAAGAGAAUUCCAUUUGCAGUACAGAUAUGGAGAUGGACGAAGUAGAAUUGAGUAGUUCUACAUCUGAUGUAACAAACAAUAAAUGUACACCAACCUUGGUACCAUUCAGUACUCGGAUGACUGAAGUGGAGACUACGGCAAAUGGUCAAGAUUAUCUUAAAAUGAGAGAGCUGCCUUCGCCAUUUUUUGAGUUUGACAGUUCUGAGAUAUCUGGUGUUACACAGGAUCAAAGCAAAGACUACCUUUCAACACACCUUGUGGACCUGGAGGACGGUAGUUCCAAUGGAUCGGCAUUUAUCGAAUGCACAUUGAUUUCGGUGCAGUCUUCCAUUGAAGAAUCCGAAACCAAGUCCCUAAUAGAGGAAGAUGGCAUGAUUACCAAAUCUAGUGAAGCACCUUCACCCCUCGAGUCAGAUUGUUCUUCUGUUUUGACUGAUCUUGUUGAGGACAAAUCCUCAGAUUGUACUUUUAUGGGAAUCUCCAGCAAAUCUGAAAAGCCGAAUUUCCUUUCCACAGGAUCAGAGUCAACUGGAGCUGCUCAAAAAGUAGAAGACCUUGUUUGUGAAACUGCAGUUGACAAGUGGAAUGAAGAAGAAGAUAAAGUUGUGGAAAAUGAAAAAGAAGAAUGUCACAUGGGAGAGAUCAGCAAUCAAGAAUCUAGCACAGACUCAACUCAAAUUUGUGGGAUGAAUCUGCAGAACUCUGAGGCAGAAGUCUCCGUGUUGGUUAGAAAAAUCAAAAGAAAGCAAUGGCAUUCAAAGAUUCUAACUCCCGAGGAAGAAAAGCAAGAAGCCAUUAAUCAAAAGGCCGUUGAACUAGACACCACAGCUGAUGUUAGCAUGCGUGAAAGCUCGUCUCCUGACGUCGAAGCUCAGAUUGUGAAUCAGAAAAUUGAAGCUGAACACCUCACCUUUUCUGUUAAUGGCCAUGUUACAGUUCAAUGUGACAAAGUGCCUUUUUCUUCCGUCUGUGUAUCAGAAGGUACUGAAACUAUUUGUAAAAUUGAAAGCGUAACAAAUGCUAAGGAAGAUCACGUGGCUAUUCAUCCUGACUCUAUUGAGAGCAAAACUGAGCCAGUAACUUUGGAUAAAGAUUUUUCACAAGACAUCUGUCAUACUCCAGCAAUCAAAGAAAAUGAUUUGAAUUCUGAAGGUGACAAAUAUGGGGAUAAUACUGUGUCAAGAAAAUAUGGAGUUUCAGCUCUAGAUUUAGAUACCCCUGCUCUAAAAAAUUGUGAGAAUGAACCUCUUUCGGAAUCAAGCACCAACACUGACACGUUGUUAGGAUGUGCACGUAUAGAAGAUAAAUGUUUGGAAAACAAUUGUCUGCAAAAUGAUCCAGAGAUUGUGGAGAAAUUGAGAAACUCUUCUGACAUUUGUUCCAAUAAAGACAAUGGCAUGAAAGAGAAGGACUGCUUGCAAACAGACAAGAAUACCAUUGGAAUUGUACACAAAAUGUCAAAUUGCAUCUCAAAUGUAAAAACAAUGAAUAAUUCUACAAAUACACCUACGGAGGGAACCUCUGGUCAUGUACAUCUUGUUCAAACAGUAGACAGUUCAACGCAAACAGAAUUAAUGUGUGUUGGUUCACAAACUGUGCUUUACACUAGCAGUGAUCUUAAGGCUGCUCCUCAGACAGAUAUUGUUGAAGCAAGUAAAGUAGGAACACCAAAUGCAAAGCAACAUUCUAAUUAUUGUGAUUUGUGGAAUCCAUCACUUCCAGAUGUUCCUUCAGACCAUCGCAGAUCCAUUUAUACAGUGGCUUCACAUGAUACAGAGGCAUUAUUUGAAAGUACAGUUGACAAUUCAGUGGCUAUGGAAUCAUUUGGAACUUCAGAAAUUGAGCAUACCUCUAAAAAGACUGCAAAAACCAAAAAAGUACAAUUAGGUAGAAGAAUGCCACGAAGUUUGGCUGAAGGUGAUGGAGAUGUGCAACCAGAGGAUGUUUUACAAAAAUCGAAUGUGCAGUCCACCUGCAAAAGUCGUGCUGUUUUAAGAAGAAACAGAAGAAGUUCAAAUUUGAGCAAUCCCCCUGUACAAGCCAGUGCCGACACUUCUGCGCCAGCAUUGUGUACACAGGAAAUUCAUCGAGUCAUGUUAGAAAUGGGAGAACCUUUGCCACCAUUACUGCCACCACUCGUAGCUACACCACCAAGAGGUGUAAGAGCUGCAAAACCGAUAUCCCCUCUUAUUACAACAUCCAGUACAGUGUCUGUAUGUUCUCCUGUGGAUGAUUUGGCUUCACCUUCUAAAGAGACUACAAAGGCUGCUUCAGUUUCUCCUCCUUUGGAUUAUACCCAACAGAAGUCUCCUUUGAUGCAAUCACCAUCCCCAUUAGAAUUUGGAAGACAUGAACGAAUCCAGUCUUCUCCAUUACAGUUUUGCACUGCAACCCCAAAGCAUGCUGUACCUGUGCCUGGGCGACUACCUCAGUCUGCAUCAACAUCUGGGAGUUCAGCUUUACCUCAAGAGAACUCUGUAAAAAUUUUGGAUGCUAUGUAUCCCAACCUGUCUGCCCGUGCAAGAACUUUGAACAUUCUCCGUGGAAAUGUUCAACUCAGCAUUCGUGGCCCCACAGAUAGUGAGAACCAGGCAGGAGCAGUGAACCAAAUCAUGGGGUUCAAAGCAAUUAAUUCUUCUGCAACUGCAUUUGUUAAAGCAGGAAGUAAUUCCAGAUCUGAAGGCUCAAAGCCUGAUGGAUAUGAGAAGGAUUUAGAGCAGCAACAGCCAGCUGUUGCUGUUGUGUUAAGUACUGUGGAUAGGCCUAAAAAAGACCAAAAGGGUGCCAAAAGAAAUGCAGAUGAUGAUGGGUCAGGAAAAGCUAAACGAGUGAAAGUAGAAAACAGUUGUCAAAAUGGCGAUAGUACUACUGAUUUAAUCAUAUCACAAGAGUCCUCGACUGUAAGUGUUAUUGACACAACCAAACCACUUUGCAAUGGGCUAAUGGAACAAAAAGCUGGAUAUAAAGCUCAACGUUUCUCCCAGCCUCUUGAAUCUAUUAAUUCAAGUGAAGAGGCUUUAGCUAGUGCCUUAAUGAAAAUUACCAAGUCCUGCUUUGACCUACUGCCUGUUAUUCGCAGUCAUGUAUUUGUUGGGAAUAUUCCUCAUAUUCCAGUAUUACGUGAUGAGGAAAAGGAAGUAAUUUGUGAAGUGAGUGGUAAUAAGGAAUUAACAGAAGCUUUAAUGAUGGCUAUUCUCAAGAAACUGAAGGUUGAGCAAAUGACCCUGGAUGGUAACUGUCUUCAGGCACUUUCUCGAGUUUAUGUUGCAAUCUGCCGACAACAAGGAGAUCUCGAAAGAGCUCGUAUCCUCUCCUAUAAUAUCUUAAAAGAAGAUUUUCCAGAUUCAAGCAAAUUGUUGCUGCUCAUCCUGAGUGUUUGGCAGAACAUAUUUUCUACGCAAGGACCAGUCAAUAAAGCUAUGCAAGCUGUUGCCAAGCAACGUGCCAAAGGAGAUGUUCUGAAUUGUUUGAGUGCGUACCUCAAUUGGGAAAAGAAUCCGCCCCUAGAUAUUAGUCCUUUGGUUUCGAGUUUCCUUAUUGCCAUGCAGCAGAGUCCUAAAGUGGGAUUCCGAACAAGUAAUGAAUACGGCAUGGAUUUUAACGAUGAUAUGUGGGAGUUGAUUUACGCGAUAGAUUUGCUAUGUUCUCAACAGCCGUGGUCAUGGACACACAACAGUUUCAUAAGGACAGAGGUGUGGCCUGUAAUGGAUAAAUGGAUGAAACGCAGAAGAGGACAAGCAAAUAUGCCAAAUGUUCCAGAUGCUACAGUGGCAGGCGUCAUGAGACUUAUUGGACACCUGGGGCAGCAAGGACUGAAGAAAGAAUCUUUAGUUGCUGUAAGAAACAUGGCUGCAGUGAUAAACCAGUUUCUCCAGCAAGCUUUUCAAGAAGGUGUUCCAUGGCCUGUACAGUUAGCAGCAGUUUAUGCGGUUUAUGACCUGGCUCCUAGUAACCCUAAAGGAGCCAUGGAGGCCCUACAUACGUGGAAAGCAUCAGUGACUGAACCAAUCCCUCCUGAGGCAAGCAACUGCAUUAAGGAACUUGAGACUUUUUGUGAAAGAUUAAAUUGUGAAAUACAGAAUCCGUGAGAAUUGUAUCUAGUAGGUUCGUGAAAUGAAAGUAGUUGUCAACCAGAUGUGAUCACUAUUGGGGAAACUAAUAUUCAAAAAUUGUGUUUUCACUUGGAAGUAAUAAGCUGUUACACCAUACUAUAUUUGAUAAUUAAACCAAUGUCUGUAUUAACAGUUUUGAAUAUGACAUUAGUAUUAAAUCUAGUCCCUUCCCUUCCAUCAAAAACAUACCUUAUUAGAGAGAUGGGAAGCAAGUUUUGAUGCAUCCUGGAGUUGUGAUGCUGUAAUUUACCUGUGUAUAAGGAUACAUUUACAGUAUAAUGUAUUGUGUAUCCCCAAACCAGACUUUUUUUGCUUUAAACAUUUUAUAUCCCACUUUUCCUUAGAUUUCUUUUUGAAUUUGUGCCUAAAACUAAAAAGAUCUGACCAUAUUCAUUAUAAUAAAACAUUGUUAUUUCUAUGAAAAGUUCAAUUUGUUGCAGUAAACUUUUAAAUUGUAGGUUCCAAGCCUGCUUUGAAUGAUGAGUGCAAGCACUUGAUUGCGUUUUUAAAAUGUUUAAAAUGGCUAAAUGUUGAAAGUCAGGUGCUUUUUAACUCCAAAGCAGGAAAAGCUUAAUUGUAGACCUUAAUUGAUUCACACUCCUGAAAUAAAAACAGUAAAUGCUUUUACAUGAAAUUUUUUUUUUUCAAAUGCUGAAGACCUGCUGUAUAAUUCUGCCAUUUCUUGUUUUUAUUUUGGUUAGCCAGUAUUUGCAGUCUUUUAAAUCUUAUCUAUUCCUCCAAUGUUUUAGUUUGUAGCUUAAACAAUACUGAGUAUGGCAGUAACAUGCAUUCUUAUAACAGGUCAUUCUUAGCCAGAACAGGGCAGAGCAAUGCUAUAUCAAAUUGUAUUCUUCACUUUCAGUCUUUGAACAAGAACAAGCACAGUUGUGCAGCUGAAUCUAGUGUGCUGAAGCUCAACACUAGCCUACUUUUUUCAGUUUCACCUAUCCCCUAUUUUGGGUUGAUUGUAAAUCAUAUCUUUCCCCAUUAGGAUCUAAAGCAGUAAUAGAAUUACAACACAAAAUGUUGGUCAUCCCAUUGUGCCAAUGAUGAUUCUUUGAGUGAAAUUGUCCAAUUUGUUCUGCUUCCCUGGUUUUUCACUAUAACUACAAUACUAAAAUAAUUUUGGCAAUCUAAUAGCAAGAUUAGUCAUUAAAUAAUAGCCAGUUAAUAUACUUGUCUUCAUACUGGGAAAUAAUUUCAAACCUCGUUACCAUUCUGAGAGAUUUUUUCCUCUUUUACCUUAGUCAUGUGCUCUUAAAAUAAUUGACCAUUUUGUCUGCAAUUUACUGUUUGUUUGCCACAUUAACAUGCAGUGUUAUUUGUUUUGUUGUUAUUUGCCUUUUCAGUCCUAAAGAAUGUCUUUAAUGCCCUCAGACUUCCUGGGAAUGAUUUCAGCUGGCCAGCACACAGCAGUAAAUUCAGUCUUCUUAAAAUUUUCACCUCAACACUUUUUUCACAACCAAUCUAGUCUAGGUGAAAAGGGAUUUCACCCACACCCUUUCUUCACAAAGUCAGAAGUCUCACAAUAUCAGGUUGUAGUCUAACAAGUUUAUUUAAAACACAAGCUUUCAGAGCACACCUCUCCAGAAGCUUGUGAUUUCAAAUAAAUUUGUUGGACUAUAAUCUGGUGUCGUGUGACUUCUGACCUUAUCCUACCCAGUCCAACACUGGCACCUCCAUGUCAUGGCUUUCUGACAUAUGUAUUUGUCAGUGGGAAAAUGUGUUGCCUUGUUCAGUAUAAGACAGUUCCAAGUUUCGUAGCUCUUCAAAUAAAAAGAUCUGUUGGCAUCUAUAUUCUUCACCUGCUGCUGGUCAAUGUUCAGUGAAUCUAGUUAAAAAUAUUUUUGUGCAUUACCAAUUCUACUGUCUAGACCCAUAAGAGCAGCACUUGCAAAAUAUAACAGAAUGUUAGUGAGUUUUGAGAAGAUUUGUAGCUCAGGUGGAGGUUCUGGAUGUAGCUUUGCUCACUGAGCUGGAAGGUUCAUUUCCAGACAUUUCAUCACCAUA